AGAUAACUUUCUUCUGCUACAAGAUAUUCGAUUCCUGGGAAUCAUAUAUCAAGAUUGCUCUUGCGGCUGUGGCUGCAAGACAGACGCCUGGAUGUCUGAGUGCGAGGGGUCCAUCUUGAGCAGUGGCUUCGCCAUGUUCCUUGUCGCGUCGGUGCCAAACACGUCAUAAAACAGCAACAGGAAACCCAGGAAGGCGACAGGAGCGACUUCAUAUAUUAUCAGUUAGAGGUGACGUAGCAACAUGAAGAGCCGUCACCAGUUCCGACGGCGGUUCAGUCUUCAGCCGUCGUUUCUUAAGGAGGAACCUGAAGAUGACCGACGCCAUCACCACAACAGAGUUUCGCCCUCAAGAUCGGAGCGCCACGUGGACACGGAAUCAUCAGCCAGUGCCCCGUGUCAAGCAAGGCACAAGAUCGUGGUGAUGGGAGCGGCCAAAGUAGGCAAGUCCUCACUCAUCUCCCAGUUUCUGUAUGGCACAUUCUCACCCAAAUACAAACGCACCAUCGAAGAGAUGCACCAAGGAGACUUCAGCGUAGCUGGUGUCAGUCUCACUCUGGACAUCCUCGAUACAUCAGGAGCUUACGAGUUUCCGGCCAUGAGGGCGCUCUCCAUUUCGUCGGCUGAUGCUUUUAUUUUGGUUUAUGACGUGAAUAAUGCUUCAACGUUCGAGGAAGUGAGGACUCUUCGAGACCAGAUCCACGAGACUAAAGGUGGAACUGCAGUCCCCAUCGUGGUCGUAGGGAAUAAGGUCGAUCUUGCGGAUGAACACAGAGAGGUUGACUUGGAGACGACAGAAUCGGUUGUUACAGUGGACUGGGAGAAUGGUUUUGUAGAAGCCUCUGCCAAGGAAAACACAAAUGUAUCACAGGUUUUCAAGGAACUGCUGGCACAAGCCAAAGUGAAAUAUAACCUUAGUCCAGCACUUCGUAAGAGACGUAGGCAGUCCCUUCCGCGACACUCGAUAUCGGAAGGUUCUGCCUCGACAUCCACGAACUCCUCGGCGAUACCCUCGCCCGCACAGUUGCAGCACCUGCAGCAGAUCCAACAACGGCAGGCUGGGGGCAAGAGGAACUCAUGCAUUCUCUCAUAAAGUUAACUGAGAGCCCGCAGCCUAUCUCACAUUGCCGCAACAACAUUAAACACUAACAUGAACAUUCUCAACAAUCCAGAAUUACGCAUUACACCACACAAAGAAAGCAAAAAAUAUAUAUCUGCUUAUAAAUCUAUAUAAGAGAAAAAUAAUACAUAUAAAACUGAAUGGGUUCUUUCAUCUUAUAGGUAAAGUAGAAGAGUGUUUAUUGAAUCGCUAGUCAAUUGUUAUCUAAUGAUGAGUUCCAGCUUCAAGUCGAGAUCGGCAAAUAUGUCGACAAAUUCCGUUGCUCCCUUGUGCAUGAGAGCCACUAAGUCAUACUCUCAUUCUGCGCACAGGGAUCUGAGGAUAUCCAGAAUUUAUUACAUUUUGCACACCUACAACACUGAAGACCGUUAUUUUCUCCAAUUCUGUAAUCUCCAUCAUCAGUGAAAUAUUCCUGUAGGGGGAAAUUACAUGUUACACACUCAACGGAUAUCACUUACUAUUGGGAAAUUGGCCACUAUUCGCUGUAAACACGUUACAAACUUCGGUAGUACAUCGGAAGUCCCUUGUGUUCUCUUUAGAGAUACUAGAGGUACUGAAAUUUUUAUUUUUGUGAAUGUCGGUUGGUUAUAUCUUUAUUUGUAUUCAAAACUGAAAAAAGUUUAAACAUUAUAUAUUUUACUGUGGCCCAUUUGUAAGGAGGUUCUGCAUUGUCGUUAAAGCCAACUGGGUUUUAUAUCUGAAUCAGUAAAUUAGUGGCAGGAAUUCUAGACAGUAAAAAGAACUUUCUAGGCUUUCGAAUUACACCCAGCUUUCACAUGAGACAUCUGUGGUUAGCGCUUUAAUCUUAUAAUUGGAUGUCCCGUUCUCCUGGGUUCGAUGGUGGCAGUUGUCGAGAACUAUCCUCCCACAUCCGCCGCUGUUGCAGCUGCACGGAUUGCUAUGGGGUUAGCUGACUGAUUCACAGAGCCCCAGCAGAGCUGGUCACUACUGACUAGCGCAGAGAUGUAUAUCUAUACAUCCAGAAGUGAACGAAGAAUAUUCUUGGGACAAAAGACUGUAUGGGAUAAAUCUUAUUAUGAGGUGAACAAAGGUAAACAAGGGGUGGAGGAAUUGUCGUGUAAGUCGAUCCAAAUUUUUUACGAUUCAAGUACAACAAUUUUAAUAUAUCUUGGUAGAUGCAAGCUAUAUUUGUUUGUCACCAUAAGGCCCAACAUUGGAUUCAGGAUAGCUCAGUCGUUAUAGUGAAGGACUACGAGCUGGACGGCCAGGGUUCGAAUCCAGGCA